UCUAUCUAUGUCCCAAGAUUAUCAUCAUCAUCCUGGAUUGUUCAGUUUCUCGAACGGGUUCGAGAGAUCGCCGGCAGAAAUUCUGCAGCAGAUCCGGCGGGAUAAGGUGCCGCCGGCGCCGCCGCAGCAGGUUGAAGAAGAAGAUGAGCAUCCGGUGGGGCUUGCCGGAAGUAAUGAAACGUCGGGGAUGUUGUCGGAGAUGUUUAAUUUCCAGCACGGAACGGCGAGGGAGUUGCUGGAGAGCCAGAUUUAUCAUCAUCAUCAUGGGCAGCAAUCGCAGCCGCAGAUGGCGGCGGCCAUGCAGCUUUUCGGCAUGAAUCCGUCGCCGUCGCCGUCUCCGUCUUCUAAUCAUUCGGCGGCGGCCGCCUCGACGUUUCACGUGUCGUCGGUUCCGAAUCCCUCGCCCACGUCGACUCUCCAAGGGUUUCAUUCACACGCCCCAACCGGAGGCCACUUUAGUCAAUUCGCGUGGGGGGACGGAGGAACGGCGGCGGCGGCGGCCGGUGAGGGGCAAGGGCUAUCGUUAUCGCUGUCGUCUGCUAAGGCUGGGGAGGAAUUUCGGAUCUCCGGUGACGCCGCCGGAAUGCUAUUUUUCAGCCAGGGAAUGGCGUCCGCUUCCUCAGAAUAUCCAUGCAAAAACAACCUGAACUUAAACGGCGGCGGCGGCGGCGGAGGAGGAGUCAUGGAUCACCACCACAUCCAUGUCGGGUUCGGAUCCUCCAUCGGAGUAAUCAACGGAUUACGGCAUUCCAAAUACGCCAAGCCCGCGCAAGAAUUAUUGGAUGAAUUCUGCAGCGUCGUCGUUAGUGCCCACCACCAAUUCAACAAUAAGAACAAAAGCCUAAACCCUAAUUCCAACCCUACAAGCAGCGACGCCGUUGACGGCGGCGACGCCCCAAACAACAACUCAUCGUCUUCCUCCAAACCCACCCCGCCGUUGUCCACCGCCGACCGAGUCGAACACCAGCGAAGGAAAGUCAAACUUCUCUCUAUGCUUGAUGAGGUUGACCGGAGAUACAACCGAUACUGCGAGCAAAUGCAGAUGGUGGUGAACUCGUUCGAUCUGGUUAUGGGGUUCGGGGCGGCGGCGCCGUACACGGUGCAGGCGCAGAAGGCGAUGUCGCGGCACUUCCGGUGCCUGAAGGACGCGGUGGCGGCGCAGCUGAAGCACAGCUGCGAGGUGCUGGGGGAGAAGGACGGCGGCGCGUCGUCGGGGCUGACAAAAGGGGAGACGCCGCGGCUGAAGAUGCUGGAACAAAGCCUGAGACAGCAGCGGGCGUUUCACCAAAUGGGGAUGAUGGAGCCGGAGGCCUGGAGACCGCAGCGCGGCUUGCCGGAACGAUCAGUCAACGCUUUGCGCGCUUGGCUUUUCGAGCAUUUUCUCCACCCGUAUCCAAGCGAUGCAGAUAAGCACAUGCUGGCUCGACAGACUGGUCUCUCCAGGAGCCAGGUUUCAAAUUGGUUCAUUAAUGCCAGGGUCCGGCUGUGGAAACCCAUGGUGGAAGAGAUGUACCAACAAGAAGUUAAAGUAGGCGACAGUGAAAAUAUGGACAGCCCAUCCAGUGGAGACGACACUGUCGCCGUCAGUAAUUCGCCCACCACCACCACCACCGCCCCACCGCCACCGUCUGCAGCCGCGGCAGUGACUGCCACUGCUGCCGAUACAGUGGCAGCUGCAGGCAAAAGAUCCGAAAUCAACGCUGCCAACGAAAGCGACCCUUCACUCCUUGCUAUCAAUACCCAAUGCUUCUCGAGAAACCAAGCCUCCACGUGUCACCGCCGUGGGACGGCGGAUUCCGGGAAGGCCGAUGUUGGGUCCGCCCUCAUACGCUUUGGGACGACGAACGCCGGCGGCGGCGGCGGCGGCAAUGUGUCGCUCACUCUGGGGCUGCGCCACGCCGGAAAUUUGCCCGACCAGAAUCAUUUUUUCGGUUAGGCCAUGCCGGGGAUUACUAUGUUGUUAUUAUCACACGAAAAAUCACACACAUAUUCGGAGAAUCAUAUGGUUUCCAUAUUUAUGUCUUUUGUUUUAAAUUAUUCAUUUCAUCUAGACAUGCAAUUAAUUAAUAUAUACAUAGUCAAAUUAAAUAUCAUCAAUGGUAGCGUUAUGCUAGCAUCUAAUGUGAGACUCCCUGCAACUGUAUAGCCUUAUUAGUACAUUUUUCACAUCA